AAACAGCUGUUGCAUCUACACAGUGGUUUGUUGAUAAACGCCACGCCCCCUCUUUCCACAGAAACUAUUAAAAUACAACGAAUAAGUGGCAGCAGAUGGUCAUAUGAAUAAGAUAAGUGGAUAGUACACUCAGGUAAAAGGUCUACAACAUUGGUUUGUUCGUGGGUGCUGCCUCAGGACGUACUAGCGCACAUUCGCUCAAGCGAGCGGAAGGCGAAAGCAAAAGGCUCGAUUAUUGCUCGCUUUAGGUGCUCUUUGUCUGACCUAACCGCUCCCUCACGUAAAACAAUAUCAUAGAGAACUCUGCUCUCCGUUCUGCGCAUCAACAAAAUGCCGCCUAAAAGGAAAAUCCGCACUAAUGCGCCCCGCGGAAAUGGAAUUCACGCAAAUGGGUAUCAAAACUGGGACAAUAACGACGACGAAAGACAUGUCGGUAGCUUCGCAUUAGAGGAUAGUCCCAGUUCAGACUUUGAGGUUGUUUUGACUGGGAAAAAACAACGAACUAAUAGCGACCGGGCGAAGCCCACAAGGGUGUUGAAGCAGGAGAAUUGUGCGGAAAUAGAGCUUCACAAUCCUAUAGAUACUGAGCCGGAAGGUGCCACUGAUUUCGAUUCAGGCUUGGGACAGUUGCUUUCGCUCAACAACAUAUUGUACAAUAAUGUAUUAAAGGAGAUGCUAGACCGUCUUAAAAGCAUACAAAAAACACAGAAAGCCAUGGAGGAAUGGCAAAAAGAUAGGGACGCGAAGAUCUUCGCGAGGCUGGACAAAAUUGACAAUGAACUGGAGGCUUUGCAGAAUGGUACCCUCGCAAUAGGAGCAGCCAGUACGGACAGUGGUCAGUGGCCCACAAAAGUAAUACCGCUGAACCCAUUUACCCUAGUAUCCGAACUUGAAGCAUUGGAGAAAAGCCUUCAAGACGACGAAAUUCUUAAAAGAAUGGUCAAGGAAUUUGAAAAUUUGAAUGCCAGCGACUACGAGAAAUACAUUCGAAUGUGUUGGCGUAAAAUAUUUGUGGACGAGCUGGCCGAGAAAUAUUGCUGGAGGGGAACCACGACAAAGAAGUGCAUUAGACCCCUCUCCAUUACACUGGCUAUUCGAAGUGCAUCUAGAAAAAAAUAUCGCGAUUUUGAUGAAUCCGUUUUCGACCGGGCUUCGCAGAAGUUUUUCCAAUAUGCCCACGACCGGCUUAUGAAACUUGCGAACUAUGUCACGAAAGCAAAGAAAGUUAAUCGUGACGAUCCCUUAGCUAUCCCAACCUCUGAUAAUUCUUAAACCCCUCGUAGGCCCAACGACACGUUGGGGUUGCAAUAUCAGAACUAAAUUUAAGUGUUUUUGAAGUAGAUUAAGGCAGCUGCGUAGAGCAGGAAAAGGAAUCAAACAGAUGUUAUGAAAAACUGCAUAUGUACAUACAUAGACAACAGGCCCGGGAAACCACUGAUCUAUACGCAUCGGGUAUAUCGCUAUACUCUUUGAGUACAGGGUAUAAAAAGUCUUGAUCAAGAAGAAGGGUUCUUCUUCAAAAGAACGCCAUGUUCCGCAGUGCCUCUUUCAAAUAUUUGUAUUAAAGUCCCUUUGAAUAAUUCUAAUUGAAAA